GCCAGGGGAGGAAGAAUGCGGGUCUAUUUAAUGGUCUUCUGCCUUAUUUGCUGCACCGCGAACGGGCAAGCAGUGUAUUCCAUCGCCGAGGAAACAGAGCGGGGAGCGUCUGUUGGGAACGUAGCGAAGGAUUUAGGAAUAGAUGCAGCUACACUUUCAGCUCGGAAAUUUCGUGUGAUCACCGGUUCAAGUAAGCAAUAUUUUAAUAUAAAUGCAAGUACGGGGGCUUUGUCUGUUAACGAGCCCAUAGACAGAGAGCAGCUUUGUGAAUUAAAGUCUGCCUGUCUUCUGAAUUAUGAACUUGUGUUAGAAAACCCUCUAGAGCUUUAUAGGAUGGAAUUUAAAGUCUUGGACAUAAAUGACAACUCCCCCAGCUUUCCCUUAAGUGAAUAUCAUAUAAACGUGCCUGAGUUCUUGACACCCGGGGCACGGUUUACACUCCCCAAUGCCCAAGAUCUUGAUGAAGGUACCAACAGUGUCCAGAAUUAUACUCUGAGCCCUAAUGAACAUUUUCAUUUGGAAAUGCAGACACGUGGGGACGGGAGUAAAUAUCCUGAAUUGGUGCUGAAGAAAGCCUUAGACAGGGAGCAGCAAGCCACUCACAGACUUGUCCUUACAGCCAAAGAUGGUGGGGAUCCUCCAAAGUCCGGUGAUGUCCCGGUCAUUGUGACUGUGCUGGAUACCAAUGACAAUGCACCAGAAUUUGAGCACUCAGUCUACAGGGCGAGUAUCUUGGAAAACUCCCCCAGCGGCACUUUGGUAGUGCAAGUGCAUGCCACGGACUUGGAUGAAGGUCCAAAUGGAGAGAUCAGGUAUUCAUUUAGCAAUACUACUUCUGCUGAUCUACAGCGAAUGUUCUUAAUUCAUCCGCACACUGGGGAGGUGACAGUCAAUGGUGUUUUAGCUGUUCAGAGACCUCUCCUCGAGAUGCUUAUUGAGGCAAGGGAUAACGGGGCUUUUGGCAUGUCCAGCACAGCUAAGCUGCUGGUGGAAAUCACUGACGUGAACAAUCAUGGCCCAGAGAUAACAAUUACAUCCCUUUCCAGUCCCAUUCCUGAGGAUGCUGUUCCUGGCACAGUGAUAGCUCUGCUGAGUGUUUUGGAUAAGGACCCUGGGGAGAACGGGAAAGUAACUUGCCAGAUCCCUGAAAACCUUCCCUUCCAGUUAAAGCCUUCCCUUGAAAACUACUACAGCCUGGUCACCAGUGGGUUUCUGGACCGAGAGCUGAUCAGUGGGUACAACAUCACCAUUACUGCCACAGACUUGGGGUCUCCACCCAUCACCACUCAGAAGACCCUUUGGAUGCAGAUUUCUGACGUGAAUGAUAACCCCCCUGUCUUCAGUGCUGACACGUUUGAUGUGUUUGUGGAGGAGAACAAUCCACUUGGUGCUUUUCUCUACCAGGUCUCAGCAUCUGACCCUGAUACAGGUGAGAACGGACGGGUCUCUUACAUGCUCAGGAAUUCCACAGUUGCAGGCAGUGCCCUGGCCAGCUUUUUGUCUGUGAGCUUGGCCAACGGGAGCAUCUAUGCAAAACGUGCCUUUGACUUUGAGCAGCUUAGGAGCUUCUAUUUCCAAGUGGAAGCCAAGGACAAUGGGUCACCAGCCUUGAGUGCUGCCAUAACUGUGAAUGUUUACAUCUCAGACCAGAAUGACAAUGCCCCAGCCAUCCUGUACCCCAUCAGCCAGAAUGGCUCAGUAGCUGUGGAAGUUGUGCCCCGCCUGGCUGAUGAGGGCUACCUGGUGACCAAAGUGGUGGCAGAUGAUGAGGACAAUGCACAGAAUGCCUGGCUUUCCUAUCACCUUGCCCACUCCUCUGACUCCACCUUGUUCCGCUUGGCACCGCACUCUGGCGAGCUGCGCACCACGCGCUCCAUGCGCUCCACUGACUUCCUCAAGCACAAGGUGGUUGUGGUGGUGCGGGACCACGGGGAUCCACCGCUCUCCUCUACUGUGACGGUGGGCAUCCUCCUGGCUGACACCCUGCCCCAGGCACUGCCAGACUUUGACGACAGCGGGGAGCCACCACCACUGCUCAACGCUACAAACAUCUACUUGAUCGUUUCCCUUGCCUGUGUCUCCUGCAUCUUUGCGGCGUUCCUCCUCUUUCUUGCCGUUGUGCGGCUGUGCCGCUGCCGGACUUGCUGCUGCAGCAGCUGCUGCUGUCCAGCUGAUGAGUAUGAAAAGUAUUGCUAUAGUGUGCACAUGCUUCCCAGCUCCCACCUCCCGCCAGACAUGCUGGAGGUCACCGGUGUGGGUAAACUGACUCAUACCUACUUGUACAGGGCAUCUGUAGGUCUUGGGCCUAGUAACAGCAGCAUCCCAAAUGGUGAUGCUGGGAACAUUCCCAGCGGCUCAAGGUUACAAGUGCCAGGACCCUGCAUCCAAGUGCAGCAGGUCCAAAGUGAUCGGUUGAGUGCUGUCCUCGUGGCCAGUGCUCUGUGCGUGGCGAGCGACCUGGGCGUGGAUCCGCGGCGACUGGCGGCGAGGGGAGCGCGGCUUACCUCGGGCAGCGGCCGGCAAUACCUGGAGCUGGAGCUGGGACGCGGUGCGCUGCUGGUGCGGGAGCGCAUGGACCGCGAGGCGCUCUGCGAGCUGAGCCCCGCCUGCUUCCUCAGCCUGGAGUUGGUCAUCAAGCAGCCCAUCGAGGUGCACAAUGUGGAGGUGGAGGUGCUGGACAUCAAUGACAAUGCGCCACGCUUCCCUCGCCAGGAUUACCGGCUGGAGAUCAGUGAGUCCGCUGUGCCCGGGGCCCGCUUCCACAUUGAGAGUGCCCAGGACCCUGAUGUGGGCACCAACUCUGUGCAGAGCUACCAGCUCAGCCCCAGCCGCCACUUUGCCCUGGACCUUAAAGGCUUCCAGAGUGGUAGCAAGCUCCUGGAGCUGGUGUUGCAACAGCCACUGGAUCGGGAGCAGAGUGCCCUGCAGCAGCUGGUGCUCACUGCUGUGGAUGGUGGGGACCCCCCCAAGUCUGGUACAGCCCAGAUCUCUGUGCGAGUUGUGGAUACCAAUGACAACCCACCUGCCUUUGACCGCUCCACCUACACUGUGAGCCUUCUGGAGAAUGCCCUGCCUGGCACACUAGUGGUCAAACUCAAUGCCUCAGACCCCGAUGAGGGCUCCAAUGGGGAUGUGAUCUACUCCUUUGGCAGCUACACCCCACAGAAGGUGAGGCAGCUCUUUAGUGUGGACCCACACUCAGGGGAGGUGCGGGUUAAUGGUACCUUAGACUAUGAAGAGGCAUCCUCCUAUGAGAUCUAUGUGCAAGCUGCUGAUCAGGGCCCUGUCUCUAUGGCUGGGCACUGCAAGGUGCUGGUCAACAUUGUGGAUGUCAACGAUAAUGUUCCUGAGGUGGUCCUGACCUCCCUGUACAGCCCAGUGCCAGAGGAUGCAAAGGCAGGAACUGUGGUGGCCCUGAUGAGCGUCACUGACCAGGACUCAGGGCUAAACAAGCAGGUGAGUCUGCGUAUUCCCCCUGGCCUCCCCUUCACACUCAACUCUUUCAAGAACUCCUACACCUUGAUCACCCAGGGCAAACUGGACCACGAGAAAGCAGCAGCCUACAACAUCACAGUUACAGCUACCGACUCUGGGAGCCCCCCUCUCUCCUCCCAGAAGGUGAUCCAUGUGGAGAUCUCUGACAUCAAUGACAAUCCUCCACGAUUCGAGGAACCUGUGUACUCAGUUUACAUCCCUGAGAACAACCCCCUUGGAGCCUUGCUGUGCACUAUGAAAGCUACUGACCCAGACGUCGCCGAAAAUGCCUAUGUGUCCUAUUCUCUACUAGAUGGGGAGAUUGACGGGCUACCUGUUGCCUCCUAUGUCUCCAUUAAAUCUGAUAGCGGCAACAUGUAUGCUGUCAGGUCCUUUGACUAUGAGACACUAAGGGAGUUCCAGGUGGUUGUCCAGGCUCAGGAUGCCGGGAUCCCACCACUGAGCAGCACUGUCACUGUCCACAUCUAUGUGGUGGACGAGAAUGACCAUGCUCCACAGAUUCUGUAUCCUACCUCAACCAACACUUCAGCAGCCCUGGAGAUGAUCCCACGCUCGGCAUAUGCUGGAUAUUUGGUAACGAAAAUUAUAGCCAUUGAUGGGGACUCAGGACAAAAUGCCUGGUUGUUCUUCCACCUGGUGCAAACCUCAGAGCCUGGUUUGUUCAGGGUAGAGCUCCAUACUGGGGAGAUUAGGACUACUCGCAAACUGGGGGAGGACAGCACACCUACUUUCAACCUGACGGUGGAGGUGAGAGACAAUGGAGAGCCACCGAUGUCCUCAUCAGUAGCCAUCACUGUUGCCGUGGUGGACAGAGUUUCCAAAAUCAUCCCUGAUACAAGAAGGCACUUUAAAAGUCCGAGCAAUUACUCAGAGAUCACUCUUUAUCUCAUUAUCGCUUUGAGCGCCAUCUCCUUCGUUUUCCUUUUCACAGUCAUUGGGCUUACUGUUAUCAAGUGCUACAGAUACAGUCUGUAUGGGGACUCCUGCUGUGCAGGGUUCUGUGGGGUCAGAGAACGGUCCCCUGCUGAAUUAUACAAACAGGCCAACAACAACAUCGAUGCUAGGUUGCCCCACGGUUUAAAAGUACAACCCCAUUUCAUUGAAGUGAGGGGCAAUGGGUCUCUCACUAAGACCUACUGCUAUAAGGCAUGCCUAACUGCAGGAUCAGGAAGUGACACUUUUAUGUUUUACAAUACUUGUGGCCCAGCAGGAACUACUGGUCCCUCUGCAGUGAUGACUGAGAGGCAUCUGACAGGACAGAGUGGGCAGAGUGCACAAAACCUGAUCAUACUUAAAAAUGAUUCCAUUACUCCUAAAGAGGUAAAUACUGGGACUUUCAGGGUCCAUUUGAUCUAA